AUAGAGACAUUAGUUCCAUUUCAUUGACUAAGACAAAAACAAAAAACAAUUACAAAAAUGAUGAAGUUCAUGUGCAUUUUCGUUUGCGCCGUGGCUGCUGUUUCUGCCUAUGGUGCUCGUGCUGGUGGAUACGGCAGUGCUCCCGUUGGAGGCUAUGCCUAUCAGGUGCAACCCGCUCUGACUGUCAAGGCUAUUGUUCCCGGAUAUGGUGGCCAACGCGGCGGCUAUGGUGGCGGCUAUGAAGCUCAGGUGCCAGUGGCCUCAUCCUACAGCAACGCCAACGUUGGACAAUCGAACUAUGGCGGUCGCAGCUAUGGCGGUGCUCCACCAGUUGAUCGUGAGGCCAUCGCUUUGGCCAAACUUGCUUUGGCUGCCCCAAGUGCUGGUGGUCCCUUGGUCUGGAAGGAGGCUCCCCAGUACGUAGAGCGCUCCUACGAGCCACGCAGCUAUGCCCCCAAGCAGAACUAUGGCGAUGAGGCCAAGGGUGGUUCGGCAGCUGCUGCAGCCAGCUCAGUUGCUGCUGGCCAAAAGGGCUACAAGAAGUCCGGCUAUUAAGCGACACAACUACAGUGAAUUAUGGAGCUUAACGGCUCGAGACUUAGCAAAAACAAAAAUGCAAAUACUUCUAAGGCAAACUAGGCAAUAAACAAAACAAAAACUCAUCCAUGAAAAAUCAAAA